AAAAAAAAGUAUUAACCUAAGAGACGUAUCCUAAUCAAGGAUUGGAAGAAACGUUUCUUAUCCUUCCAUCUCCUCUCCUCUCUCUCCAAUCCACCUUUGUAACUGAGAUCCACAGAGAGCUGUCUGGAUGCUGAAACAGAGCGCAAAGAAGGUUAGACUUUGGAGUCAGAUGAGAUCAGUGAGGAAGAUGAGAUCAGUGACGAAGUGUAUCUUCCGUUGAAAGAAUCAAUAGGACAUACUGAAGUUGAAGUGAUAGCAGGAGCUUUGUUCGGUAUCCAAAUCGAUCUACUCAAAGAGCUCGUCUAUCUGGGAGAGGAGGAGAGAGAUGCAAGUACUUGCGCGGAAUCUAGCUCAAAGAGUCUCAAGAAGCCAAAUUGCCAACAACAAUGUUUCCAAGAGCGUAUGAAACUGCAGACAUGAUACUUUUAAAAAGUAUGCUCAAGAUCUCACGCUUAAAGGAGUUGGAGCUCUGCAUGCUCAAUGUCGGGAGCACAAAAGACUUCAAGAGUCCAAUAAGGCAUGAGCCUUCUCUAUGGGUGGCUGUUCUCAGCAACAAAGGUUGUGAAUCCUCUCUUUGCUCUUCUUGAUGUUGAGUUUGCCCACAAGCUGGCUGUCACAGCUGCUGUUCGCGGGUGGGUGCCUAGAGAGAAGAGGCCUGAUCCACAGAUCUUGGGACUCGAAGUUUGGGGAAGGAAGUUCUCAAACCCAAUCGGCCUUGCUGCUGGAUUCGACAAAAAUGCUGAAGCUACAGAGGAUGCUUACAAGAAGAUAAGAGCCGGAGCUACUCUUGUUCAGCUGUACACUGGGUUUGCGUAUGGUGGACCUGCUCUCAUCCCACAAAUAAAGGAAGAAGUGGUGUGUUGCUUAGAAAGGGACGGCUUCAAGUCGAUUCAAGAAGCAAUUGGUGCAGAUCACAGAUGAUGAUCAAACACGAACAAGAACAAACUACAGAGGGGAGAGUCCUUUUCUUACAACAAAAACAAAAGAGUUGUAUUUAAAAGUUUCAUUGAUUCAGUUGUUCUGCCUAAACAAUAACAUGAUGGCUUUUGUCCUCUUUACUCUUUGCUUUAUGGGAAUUAACUAAGCAACUAUGACACCAAA